UUCUUCGUUUCACAGUUUGGAGUCUGUUUUGUGAAACAUUGCUGCUGUGAAUGAUCCAUUCAGAGAAACGGGGAGAAUCUCCUAGAGUGAAGGAGAAGAUGGAGAUGCUUGCAGUACAUGGCCAGGAGACUGUGUUACAAGAAUUGAGCCUGUUCUGUAAAAGAGAUGUCAAUGGAGUUGGAGUGUUAUACGACCUGCUCAGAUCUCCCUGGCUGCAAGCUCUCCUAAAGGUUUAUGAAUGCCUCCAUCAAUCUAUCAGAAAAAAACCAGUCCCAGUCACACCCCAAGCACGUGCACUGUCUCGUGAGGUGGUGGAGUUGUUGCGUGGAGUCCCUCAAUCUACAGAGAUCAGAGAGCUGAGACGACUUCUGCGAAAUCCAAACUUGAAGGCCUUACUAUCAGCUCAUGAUACUGUGGCCCAGAAAGAUUUUGAACCAAUCCUUCCCCCUCUACCAGAUAACAUCCCUGAAAAUGAAGAAGCCAUGAGGAUUGUCUGCUUAGUGAAAAACAAGCAGCCCCUGGGUGCCACCAUUAAACGCCAUGAGAUAACAGGUGACAUUGUGGUUGCCAGGGUGAUCCAUGGUGGGCUAGCAGACAGAAGUGGGUUGUUGUAUGCCGGAGACAAGCUGGUAGAGGUGAAUGGAGUCCCAGUGGAGGGACUAGAGCCAGAGCAAGUUAUCCAUAUUCUGUCUCUGUCCCAGGGAACAAUUAUGUUCAAACUGAUUCCAGUUUCUGAUCGGCCAGUCAGCAACCAAACAACACUCUAUGUGCGAGCAAUGGCAGAUUACUGGCCCCUGCAGGACCCUGCAAUACCCUGUGCUGAUGCAGGCUUGCCCUUUAAAAAGGGUGAAAUCCUUCAGAUUGUUGACCAGAAUGAUGUCCUCUGGUGGCAGGCAAGGCAAGUCUCAGACCUGAGUGCCUGUGCUGGAUUGAUACCAUCAAACCAUCUUCUGAAGAGGAAGCAGCGAGAAUUCUGGUGGUCUCAGCCCUUCCAGCCCCAUGUCUGUCUCAAAUCAACAAUAUUGAGUACUGUGGAAGAAGAGGACGACAUGCAGAUCGAUGAGAAGUGUGUAGAAACAGAGGAGCUUAAAGAAGAAGAGGAGGAAUUCAGUGGAUCUGGCCAACGGGUCUUUAUUGCUGGUUUCCGUAGAAGCAUGCGUCUGUGCCGCAGGAAAUCCCAGAACAGCCAGCAGCCCUGUUAUGCACGGUGUCCCAGCAGCUGUUACAGCGCAGCAGCAGCCCCUUAUGAGGAGGUGGUGAGAUACCAGCGACAUCCCACAGAUCGAAACCGACUAAUUGUGCUAGUGGGUCCUUCAGGGGUUGGCGUGAAUGAGCUAAGGCGGCGACUUAUUGGAAUGAACCCUCAUCAUUUUCAAAGUGCUGUACCCUACACCACUCGUGCUCAGAAGAGCUAUGAAGAGAAUGGUCGUGAGUAUCACUAUGUAUCAAAGGAAACAUUUGAAAACAUGGUAUAUAGUCACAGAAUGCUGGAACAUGGGGAAUACAAGGGACACCUAUAUGGCACCAGUGUUGAUGCUGUGCGAACAGUUCUUGAUGAAGGGAAGAUCUGUAUAGUGGAUUUGGAACCACAGGGUAUACAAAUGGCUCGGACCCACGAACUAAAACCCUAUAUUAUAUUCAUCAAGCCACCCAGCAUGAGCUGCAUGAGACAGUCUCGGAAAAACGCCAGGAUCAUUACAGACUAUUAUGUGAACAUGAAAUUCAAGGAGGAAGACCUGCAGGAGAUGGAGGAUUGUGCUAAGAAAAUGGAAGUUCAGUUUGGUCAGUUCUUUGAUCAAGUGAUUGUAAAUGACAAUUUACAAGAGGCCUGUGUGCAGCUGCUGUCUGCAGUCCAUCAGGCACAGGAUGAGCCCCAGUGGGUCCCUGCUACAUGGAUAUGUUCAGACACUCAGCCAUAAUUCUGAGAAGCAGGAAGCUUCACAACGAUUAUAUCUUUUGUUUUACCUCAAGAAUAAUCCUGUCAAGAUUGUAAAAAUAUAUCUUUGUGUGGAGAGAUUUCGCAGGGGGAUUAGGAAAAAAGCUAAAUAAGAUAAUCAUACUGUCUUCUUUGUAGUUCUUACUGCAACAUGUGAUGCUUAAUAUCAGUUUUGUACCUAAAAAGUGCUGUAGUCUCUCAGAAUUACAAAAAUAAAAGAUCU